UGGCCCUGCAGCCCAGCCGCAGGAGACGGAGGAAGACGGAGGACGAGGAGGGCAGGCGCCAGCCAGAGCAGCCGGCACCAGUGGUGGGGACUGUCCCGGGCGGCUGGAGCUGUCUCGUCCACCUGGGAGUGCCCAGCCCCGCUGUGGGAGCUAGUCCGGGCACCAUGGUCUCUGCGGUAGCCUCCAGGCUCCUCCUCUCCCUGCUGCCGCUCCUGCUGCCUGUGCCCGUGGGGGCCCUGUCCGUGUCCCUGCCUGCUGCCUUCCUGGAGGACGUGGGGGGCAGCGGGGAUGCAGAGGGCUCAUCGGCCUCCUCCCCGAGUGUCCCGCCGCCCCGGACACCGGCCCUCAGCCCCACGUCAGUGGAGCCCCAGCCCACAUCCCCAAAGGGCCCGUCGCCCCCCACCAAUUUCCUAGACGGCAUUGUGGAUUUCUUCCACCAGUAUGUGAUGCUCAUCGCCGUGGUGGGCUCGCUGGCCUUCCUGCUGAUGUUCAUCGUCUGUGCCGCGCUCAUCACCCGCCAGAAGCACAAGUCCACGGCCUAUUACCCAUCGUCCUUCCCCAAGAAGAAGUAUGUGGAUCAGAGUGACCGGGCCGGGGGCCCCCGCGUCUUCAGUGAGGUCCCCGACAGGGCUCCUGACAGCCGGCCUGAGGAGGCCCUAGAUUGCUCGCAGCAGCUGCAGGCCGAUAUCCUGGCCGCCACCCAGAACCUCAAGUCUCCUGCCAGGGCUGCCCCAGGCAGCGGGGAGGGAGCCCGGCCAGCAGAGGGCAAGGUCAAGGAAGGGGUGCAGGGCAGCCAGGAGGUGGCCUCGGAAGCCCAGGCAAGCAGGAGCCCCGAGGAGAAACCUGAAGUCCUGGAGGAGUCAUGCUCUGCCGAGGUGGAGGGUGCUCCAGCAGCCAUCAAGGGCCAAGAGGAGCCGGAAGGGUGUCUCUCAUCUAGCCAGGAAGCCCAGGGGCCAGCGGGUCCCCCUGAAAACCCCUGCGCAUGCAGCAGUGUCUCCCCCAGCAUCUAACAGACCCUAAAGCUUCUGACCUUGACUCUUGGGCCCCAGUGGUCACUCUCUCAGGCAUAAAAAGGCCUUCAGCCCUGACCACGUCCUCGCAUCCCUUUGUGGCCACCACUAGGUGCUAACCCCAGCAGGUCCCGUCCUGCAGCUGCCAGAGAAGCUGGUCUGCAGUCCACCCAGGGAUGCCUCCCAGUUCCAGCAGCACUGAUGCCUCUGCAGCCCCAUGGGCUCCACCCCUAAGCCGAGCUCUCAGGGAACGUGGAGGACGGAUGUGUGCCCGUGAGAGCCACGAGCAAUCAGCCACCACAUCAGCCACACGGAGCGGGGAGCAUGGUCAGGGGUCCCCUGAGAAGAAGCACAUAUUGCUGUUUUUUUUUUUUUUUUUUUCUUCAUGGAGACGGCAAAGAACAAUGGACAAUCUAGGGGUUUGGGGAGUGGUUGGGCGGAGUGCUGGGGCGCCUGGGGCCCCCAAAGCAGAAGCAGCCUGUGAUAUUUCAGGCUCUCUCUGCCUCUGCUUAGCGCCACGGCUGCAGAGGUGGACCCGAUUAUUUAGGCCAUCUCUGAGAGGGACCCCUCCGUGUAUCCAGAGAGGGCCCUAAGCAAGCGUUUCCCAGACAGGAUUCCUGGAGGCUCCGUGGAAACAAGAUUCCAAGGUCAAACGAGUUGAGGCCACGCUGGCUGCCUCCCUCCCCAGCCCCGCCCGAUUGUUCCCCAGAGCUCUGACAGGCCCCACAGUACAGGCUCCUGUUGGACGGGUUUGGGGCUUUGCUUAACCUUUUCAAAGCUUUCAUUUUUUAUUUUUGGCUGUGCCGGGGUAGGAGCCCAGGUCCACGUGUGUGCUGGGCAAGUGCUGUACCACUGAGCUGCGUGCCCGCCAGCAUCGCUGCUUUUUAAGACAGCUGUAAGGUCAAAUCCUGCAAAACUCCCUCUGGGAAAUACUGCUCUCAUCUUCCUAAAGGUGCUUCCCAAAGUUCUGGUUGGUCCAGAGCUGGGGUGUGUGGUACAGGGCUUUGGUUGCUCAAGCCACGUCUACCUGGGUCUCUCAUCCCUCUACUGCUUCUGGGCUGGGGCGCGUGCGCUGAACCCUCUCUACCUGUCAGACUCAAAGCAGUCUGUAAGCUAGGGGGCUGCAUUAGUAAGGAACCCCCAUUUUGGUUUCUGACGCCCAGCCUGGAGCAGGAGGUGCUGGCCACUGGCCCUUUGCUCAUACAUGAGGUCUGGCAGUCUAUGUCCACAGCAUUCUUCUGUCCUCGACAGGGAGCCCGCCCCAGUCCUCUGUGUGGGGCUCCCCCAACCUCUGCAUAACCCUCCAGGUGCUGAGAUAUAACACACCAGCAUAAUAAACCUUGAAUCUGU